AUGCACUUCUCCCUCCCACUAACAAUCCUCACUGCGCUGGCCGCAGUCACAGCAGCCGCCCCCGCCCCGGGCCCCGAUCCCAACGGGGCAUUCCCGGCCGACACCUGGACGCGAAAGGUCAGCAAAGACGGGACCCGGAUCGCAGCGAGCCUGCAAAGCAGGAAAGACGACCGCGUGCAGAUCUGGCUAACGGUGCAGCAUGAGUGCGUGGCGCUCGACGACAAGAAGUUCGUGAAUGGGGUGCUGGGUUUCAGUAUCCCGGAUGGGUAUCGAUGUCGGUUUUGGGAGUCCAAGUCGUGCAAUGGCAAUGGCACGCCGGAUAUUCAGGCGCCUGGGAAGGUGUUUGAGCCGAGGCAGGGGAAGGUGUUGAAUUCGUUUAAGUGUUAUAAGAAUUAG